AUGGGGAAAAGGGCAAACGAAGCUUCCAAGAAGCGCCCCAUUCCUUCCCCUGGUGGCGAACUUCGUGGCUCCAACAAGGCCAAGUACGAGCGCAACGAGGAAAAUGACAGCGAGAUCUUCACCAUGGAUGGCUUCUCAACCGACCCAACGUUGAGGGCUCGACAUGUGGCCGCUAAGCAAGCUUCUUUUGACGAGCCCUUCGAGCUGUCCGAAGGCGAUUUUACUUUGACCCAUGCGAUCAGAGCUCGCGUUGAUGCGAGCCCCCCAACUGCGGAAAGAGAAACCGUUGCAGGAGCUCCACUCUCUAAUGACACCAUCGCAGACAUACUUAAGAAGGUUAAGCCAGACUGUUACAAGGCCCAGGCAUGGGUCAAGGCGCAUGAAGUCAGCAAGGCGGCCAUGGAGCGAGUUAAGACGAAGUCGGAGAAUCCCGACAACCUCAAAAAGAAGUCAGUACGUGAGUUGCAUAGUAGAGCUCGUCAGGCAGACGCCCAAUUCGAAGCACCCAGAUAUCAGGCAACGGCCCCGGCUCCGAACUUGCAGGCUCCUGAGGAUCGUACCGUCGAAGAAGAACUGGAGGAUGCGAGGGUGGUGUACAACAGGGUUAGCCUGGCGCACGAUAGACUCUUGAAGACCAUCGCCGACAUCGAGGACUUUAGAAAGACUCUAUCGUAG